UCAGUGCCUGAUGGCGAAAUUCCCCACGAAUCAUCACUCAAUUCUGCAAGUGGUUCUGAUUUACUAUCACUGUUCUCUAGCUGGUCUAAAACCGCUUUUGACCUAAAAGGACGCUUUUUGGACGCCAUGGACUUUUCUCAGUUUCCAGGUAGAAAGAACAGUAAAAAUGCAGGCAGGACACAUGACAAAGCAGUAGGGACAAAAUGUGUGUGAAAUGCUUUGAAAUAGUAAUGUUUUACUAUGUGAUUUUAGUUUUGCUACAAAUGUCACUUUUAAAAUUUUUGAAUUUCCUGCUGGUUCUGGCCCCUGUACGCGCCGACGCUCGCAGGGACCGGAACCCGACUGGAGGAGAUGUCCAGGGACACUGCAGGGGGGACAUCGCUGGAGCGCAGGA